UUAACUAUAAGCCCCUCUCACUCUUCUUCUUCUUCUCGAACUCUCAAAACUCCCCGGAGAGGAAGAAAAGAAAGGAGAGUGAAGAUGGAAGAAGCUUUCAUGGCGAUGCUCUCACACCUUCUCCAUCUCCAGAAUUCACUAGACCCUACAAACACUCUCUUCUCUUCCGCCUCCACAUCUUCGCCGUCUUCAACUACACCUUCCUCUCUCCUCUCAUCUUCCUCCGCCGCGCCUCUCCUCUUCUUCACUCUCGCAUCUCUCCUCUCCUUCCUCGCCGUCAACAGAUCUUCAACUGAAUCCUCAUCUUCCUCCGCUUCUCCUUCCCCUUCACCUCCUCCACCUCUUCCCGACGGCGAUUACUCUGUCGCUGCUUUCCGUGCCCUAGCCACCGACCACAUCUGGUCCCUCGAUGCGCCUCUCCGCGACGCACGUUGGCGGUCCUUGUAUGGUCUCUCCUACCCAGUCUUCACCACUGUCGUCGACAAGCUCAAGCCCUUCAUCACCGCUUCAAAUCUCUCUCUCCCCGCCGAUUACGCCGUCGCAAUGGUUCUCUCUCGUCUCGCUCAUGGCUGCUCAGCCAAAACCUUAGCUUCUCGCUACGCUCUAGAUCCAUACCUCAUCUCCAAGAUCACAAACAUGGUCACCCGUCUCUUAGCCACUAAGCUUUACCCGGAAUUUAUUAAGAUCCCCGUCGGAAAACGCAGAUUGAUCGAAACGACUCAGGGGUUCGAAGAACUCACGUCUCUGCCCAACAUCUGCGGCGCCAUUGAUAGUACUCCCGUGAAGCUCAGACGCCGCACGAAACUAAACCCUAAAAACAUUUACGGUUGCAAGUAUGGAUACGACGCCGUUCUGCUUCAGGUCGUUGCUGAUCACAAGAAGAUCUUUUGGGACGUCUGUGUGAAAGCUCCAGGUGGAGAAGACGACUCUUCACAUUUCAGAGAUAGUCUUCUAUACAAGAGGCUGACUUCAGGGGACAUUGUGUGGGAGAAAGUGAUCAAUAUUAGAGGUCACCAUGUGAGACCAUACAUUGUUGGAGAUUGGUGUUACCCUCUUCUCUCAUUCAUGAUGACUCCUUUUUCCCCCAAUGGCUCUGGUUCGCCGCCUGAGAAUCUAUUCGACGGAAUGCUGAUGAAGGGAAGGUCAGUCGUGGUGGAAGCCAUUGGAUUGCUCAAGGCUAGAUGGAAGAUUCUUCAGAGUUUGAAUGUUGGAGUCAACCAUGCUCCUCAGACUAUUGUGGCUUGUUGUGUGUUGCAUAACUUGUGUCAGAUUGCUAGAGAACCUGAGCCGGAGAUAUGGAAGGAUCCAGAUGAAGCUGGAACGCCUGCAAGAGUUUUAGAGAGUGAGAGGCAGUUUUACUAUUACGGAGAGAGCUUGAGGCAAGCAUUGGCAGAUGAUCUGCAUCAGAGGCUCUCCUCAAGGUAAAAGACAUGACAGAUCUUGGUCAACAAGUAGAACUUUCGACCUUGUUAUCAUGUAAGAAGCAGGUGCCUUCAAGUGUUUAGAUAGCAUUGUAGAUUCAAUCCUCCCUGGGAAUAGAGUUGUUUUAGGUUCAAGUUUGAGGAUUCAUAAAAUGUUAAAAAGCUGACGCUUAUGCUGAGCCAUCCCAACAAUCUGUUUUCUGACUUAGGUUUGGGUUUAUGGUUUGUUCUGUGUCACAUUGAGAAUCAAAUGUAUGACUUGUAUGAUAUGGAUGAUGGGAUUUUGAAUUGUUAAAAAGCUGACUCUGUUGCUGA